AUGGAUGAGAAGCCCACGCCGCGGGAUACCGAUAUCCCGGGCGGCUUCCCCGAAACACCAAGUCUUGCCCCGGCCAGCAACCUUCGUAGUCCCGAAAAUGAAACGGGUUCUAGCGGCCAAGUUACCUCACCUGGCGAUCUUGAGGCCAACCGACAGAAUCAUCCUCCAUCCUAUUUCCACCUGCCACGAAAAUCGAAUUGGAAUUCGGUAGAAAAUUCGGCUGUCCGGCGUACCUCGUCUUCUACCACUACCACAGUCGCAGCUUCUGCAAAUGGCAAUAGAGACUUCAACGAAGCAGUGCCAGCUGUCACAACUGAUCGGAAUGAGUCCAAUACAACAAGCAGGACUCUCCAGAGUCAGCAAGAAGUCGCAAACGAAUCCGGUGCUUCUUCCACCUACUCGCACGAGGCUUCACCUGCCGAGGAAGCCCAGUUCGCGCCCUUGAAGACCAACAACACGAAUAUGCAGCGUCCCCAAGCCAAGCGACAAGGUACCAGCAUGACCGAGGAUGAUCUCUUCCGGGCUCUUUCACGACGCCGGACUAACGCGACCAAUCAAUCCGGGGCGGAACAGGAGGAGGAGCAGCAGGAGGUUGAGCGGCUCAUGUCAAGAAUCUUCGGUCGCGCUCGUCAAGAACAGAGCCAGGAGGAGAAAACCAGGCACAGUGGUGUCGUUUUUCGUGAUCUCACUGUCAAAGGCGUCGGUCUUGGUGCGAGCCUCCAGCCAACCGUGGGCGACAUUUUUCUUGGACUUCCCAGGAAGCUGAAGAUGCUGUUCACCCGAGGUCCCAAGGCCGCGUUCGCCAAACCCCCUGUUCGAGACCUCUUGAGCCAUUUCGACGGCUGCGUACGGCCUGGAGAGCUCCUGUUGGUUCUCGGACGUCCAGGAUCAGGAUGCAGCACUUUCCUCAAGGCAUUCUGCAACCAACGAGCAGGGUUCCAGGCAGUUGAAGGCAACGUCACCUAUGGCGGCACCGAUUCUAAGGAGAUGGCGAAGAAGUUCCGCGGAGAGGUCAUCUACAACCCCGAAGAUGACCUGCACUACCCAACCCUGACAGUGAAGAGGACCCUCAAGUUCGCCCUGCAGACGCGCACUCCCGGGAAAGAGUCGAGACUGGAGGGCGAGAGCCGUGAAGACUACAUCCAGGAGUUCAUGAGAGUAGCCACGAAGCUUUUCUGGAUCGAGCACACCCUCGACACCAAGGUCGGAAAUGAGUACGUUCGUGGUGUUUCCGGUGGAGAGAGAAAACGCGUCAGUAUCGCAGAGGCCAUGGUCGCCCGCGCCUCGGUCCAGGGAUGGGACAACUCCAGCAAGGGACUCGACGCCAGCACCGCCGUGGAGUACGUCCGCUCCAUCCGAGCAAUGACCAACAUGGCAGAGACUUCGACUGCUGUUUCUCUGUACCAAGCCGGCGAGUCUCUGUACGACCUAGCCGACAAGGUGUUGCUCAUCGAUCAAGGCAAAUGUCUCUACUACGGUCCGGCUGAGGCCGCGAAGAAAUAUUUCGUUGACCUUGGAUUCAAGUGUCCAGACCGCUGGACGACGGCUGACUUCCUCACCUCGGUUACGGACGAGCAUGAGCGUCAUAUCCGCGACGGAUGGGAGGACCGCAUCCCCAGGACUCCCGAGGAGUUCGACUCGGCAUACAGGAACAGCGACGCUUACCGCAAAAACUUGCAAGACAUCGAGGACUUCGAGUCCCAACUCCAGCAGCAGAUCGAAGAGCGGCGACAACACGAAUCUGAAAAGACAAAGACCAAGAACUAUGAGAUUUCAUUUACAAAGCAAGUCGUCGCUUGCACGAAGCGUCAGUUCAUGGUCAUGGCAGGAGACCGCGCCUCGCUGUUCGGAAAAUGGGGCGGCCUGGUGUUCCAAGGUCUCAUCGUCGGAAGUCUGUUCUACAACCUUCCCAACACCGCGGCCGGAGCCUUCCCUCGUGGAGGUACUCUGUUCUUCCUCCUGCUCUUCAACGCCUUGCUUGCUCUCGCGGAACAAACGGCAGCGUUCGAGUCAAAACCCAUCCUGCUAAAACACAAGUCCUUCUCCUUCUACCGACCAGGCGCUUUCGCUAUCGCUCAGACAUUAGUCGACGUGCCGCUGGUCUUCAUACAAGUGGUCCUGUUCAACGUCAUCAUCUACUGGAUGUCAAACCUUGCCAGGACGGCCUCUCAGUUCUUCAUAGCCACCCUCAUUCUCUGGCUCGUCACCAUGGUCACUUACGCAUUCUUCCGCGCCAUUUCGGCCUGGUGCAAGACCCUGGACGAUGCGACUCGCUUCACAGGUGUUUCCGUCCAGAUCCUGAUCGUGUACACCGGCUACCUGAUCCCGCCGGACUCGAUGCGUGUGUGGUUUUCGUGGUUGAGGUGGUGCAACUGGAUCCAGUACGGCUUCGAGUGCUUGAUGGCCAACGAGUUCUACAACCUCGACCUGGAGUGUGUCCCGCCUUACCUGAUUCCCCAAGGACCAGGCGUGGAACCGCAAUACCAAGGCUGUGCCCUCGCCGGCAGUCCUCCGGGCCAGACCAUUGUCCCGGGCAGCAGCUACAUCGAGGCGUCUUUCACAUACACCAGGUCUCACCUUUGGCGCAACUUCGGCUUCCUCUGGGCUUUCUUCAUCGCGUUUGUGGUUCUCACCGCCUUGGGAAUGGAGCACAUGAAGCCGAACACGGGAGGCGGCGCCAUCACCGUCUUCAAGCGUGGCCAAGUCCCGAAGAAGGUUGAGAACAAUAUUGCCUCCGGAGGCCGGGAUAAGAAGGGCGACGUCGAGUCCGGCUCGCCCGACAGCUCAAAGACUGUCACGGAUGGCGCUACUACCAAGGAGAAGUCUGAGGGUGACACGAUGGACCAAGUCGCUCGCAAUGAGACAGUAUUCACUUUCCGUGAUGUCACUUACACAAUCCCAUGGGAGAAGGGAAGUCGUAAACUGCUCAACGACGUGCAAGGAUAUGUCCGGCCGGGCAAGCUGACAGCCCUCAUGGGCGCCUCUGGUGCCGGCAAAACGACUUUGCUCAAUGCGUUAGCCCAGCGUCUCAACUUCGGCACGGUAACUGGCGAGUUCUUGGUUGACGGACGUCCUCUGCCCAAGUCAUUCCAAAGGGCAACAGGCUUCGCAGAACAGAUGGAUAUUCACGAACCCACAGCCACCGUCCGGGAAGCAUUGCAGUUUUCGGCACUCCUCAGACAGCCCCGUGAAGUCCCGAAGCAGGAAAAGUUCGACUACUGCGAAACCAUCAUUGACCUUCUCGAGAUGCGUGACAUCGCAGGCGCCACUAUCGGCAAGGUCGGCGAGGGUCUCAAUGCCGAGCAGCGCAAAAGACUGACGAUCGGCGUCGAGUUGGCGUCUAAACCCGAGCUCCUCAUGUUUUUGGAUGAACCGACAUCUGGUCUCGACUCAGGCGCUGCUUUCAACAUUGUCCGUUUCCUCCGCAAAUUGGCCGAUGCGGGACAGGCCGUGUUGUGCACCAUCCACCAACCGUCCGCAGUCCUGUUUGAGGAAUUCGACGAGCUCCUCCUGCUCAAGUCCGGUGGCCGAGUUGCGUAUCACGGGCCGCUUGGUAACGACAGCCAGGAGCUCAUCCAAUACUUCCAAUCAAACGGCGCCCAUAAGUGUCCUCCCAACACCAACCCGGCCGAGUACAUGCUGGAAGCCAUCGGCGCCGGUGACCCGAACUACAAGGGCAAGGAUUGGGGCGACGUAUGGGCGCAGUCGAAGAACAGGGACGCCCGGUCUAGGGAGAUCGACGAGAUGCUGGCCAAGAGAAGGGACGUCGAGCCCUCCAAGAACCUCAAGGACGACCGCGAGUACGCCAUGCCGCUGUCCACGCAGACUAUGGCCGUGGUGAAGCGCUCGUUCGUCGCGUACUGGCGCACGCCCAACUACAUCGUCGGCAAGUUCAUGCUGCACAUCCUGACGGGACUCUUCAACUGCUUCACCUUUUACAAGAUCGGCUACGCCUCCGUCGACUACCAGAACCGCCUGUUCUCCAUCUUCAUGACGCUCACGAUCAGCCCGCCCCUCAUCCAGCAGCUGCAGCCCGUGUUCCUGCACUCCCGCCAGAUCUUCCAAUCGCGCGAGAACAACGCCAAGAUCUACAGCUGGUUCGCCUGGUGCACCGCCGCCGUGCUCGUGGAGAUCCCGUACGCCGUCGUCGCCGGCGGCGUCUACUUCAACUGCUGGUGGUGGGGCGUUUUCGGCUGGCGAACCUCCGGCUUCACGUCCGGCUUCGCCUUCCUCCUCGUCAUCCUCUUCGAGCUCUACUACGUCAGCUUCGGCCAGGGCAUCGCGGCCUUCGCGCCCAACGAGCUCCUCGCCUCCCUCCUGGUCCCCAUCUUCUUCCUCUUCGUCGUCAGCUUCUGCGGCGUCGUCGUGCCCCCGAUGCAGCUGCCCACCUUCUGGCGCUCCUGGAUGUACUGGCUGACGCCCUUCCACUACCUCCUGGAGGCGUUCCUCGGCGCCGCCAUCCACGACCAGCCCGUCGAGUGCCAGCCCGGCGAGUUCGCCAGGUUCCAGCCGCCGCCAAACCAGUCUUGCGAGCAGUACGCGCAGCAGUAUAUUCAGCAGGCCGGCGGUUACGUCCAGACGGGCGAGGGCGGUGUUUGCGAGUUCUGCCAGUACUCUAAUGGAGAUGAGUUUGGUGCUGGGUUCAGCGUUUACUACAGCAACAUCUGGAGAGACUUUGGUAUCUUCUGCGGAUUCAUCUUGUUCAACUAUUUUGUUGUCUUUGUUGGGACCUGGUUGAAAUUCAAGGGCAAGAACCCUUUCAAGUCGAUCAUGGCGAAGAGAAAGGGAGGAGGUUAA